AUGGGAAACUUCGAUCAUGAUUUUGACGUGACCCUGAGGUCACAAAGCUGGUCUUUGUACAGCGUUGGGAUCAUUCUCAUCAUCUUCAGGCUAAUCGCUAGAGCACGGAGGUUAGGCGUUGGCAACUUCCAGGCUGACGACUACCUCAUGCUCCUUGUGGCUCUGCUCUACACAGCCCUCAUAGUCUGUCUCAACAUCAUCGUACAUGGCGGUGGGUCUAACCUAUACCCACCAGGGCUGGAGAAGACCUUCACAGCCAAAGACAUUCGAGAGCGCAUCUAUGGCUCCAAGAUCGUGGUCGUCUCGGAGCAGGCCAUGCUCAAUUUAAUAUACACCAUCAAAGUGUGCAUGCUUAUAAUGUACACACGCCUAACUCUCUGCCUCCGUGACCAGCUCAUGGUCCGUUGCCUGGGAGUGUACGUGUUCAUCGGGUGGUUCGCGACCGAGAUCGCCUUCUUCACUGCUUGCCAGCCGUUUGAGGGCUAUUGGGCGUUGCCCCCGCCGGAUCCGCAGUGUACGACUCUGCAGAAAUAUGCUAUAGUGCAAGGCUGCUUUAAUAUCACCUCUGAUUGCGUCAUGAUCUGUAUACCUAUGCCGCUCAUUGUACGAAUGGCUUUGCCAUGGCGACAGAAGAUCGUCGUCGCAUUCAUCUUCUCCCUAGGAAUCUUCGUCAUCAUAGCCGCACUCCUCACCAAAGUCUUCAACCUGACAGAUGUGUAUGACGCCGACUACAUGCUCUGGUAUAUCCGGGAGGCCAGCGUAGCAGUCUACAUGAGCAACCUACCGAUGAUAUGGCCACUCCUGCGCGAGUGGUUCCCCUGCCUCCGGGCGCUGACCCCGGGCGCUGGCAACACGUACGAGAGGCGAGCUCGGAGAACGACCUUCACGCCCAGAUACGGAGCUCGCAGAUCUGCUCGGAGGAUGACCAUCCCUAGCGGCAAGGCAAGUGGCGGCACGACCCUGCGCUCGCCUUCCCUCGAGCCUGCGCCGGGCAUCCACCCCAAGGACCCGGGGUACGACGUCGAGAUGGCGAUCCGCGGGGUUGACUCGGAUGGCGAAUCCAAGCGCGGCAGGCACAGGAGAGCGGAUCCUGAAGACCAGCCGGGAGCUGGCGGGUGGCAUGAUGCUUCGUCCACCGACCAGAUCAUGCGCAUCAAGACCCCUCCGAGGAGCAUCUCGCGGGCGACCACGGUCGAGAGCAGUCUUCGGUUUCUUCAGAUGGAGCAGGAGGCUCGGGAUAUGGUGAUGGGUGCUGGAAUCCAGGUCCAGACUUCAUUCUCGGUGGAAGCGGAGGCAGCGACCCCGCCGCAGUCGAUGGCUCAAUGGGUUGGUAGGGAGUUUCUCAUCAACUUUGGCAAUGUGGUUGCCAAGCCAAUUCCGAGGAAAAAGGAGUCACUGGAGGCCAUUUACUCGAGAUUAUCAACUUUGAGCACGGAUCUGCAGCACCCAGGGCCGACGACCAACAGGAGCAAUGGCGCAGAGUCAGACGAGGCAGAGGAUGUGGCGAUGGGAGUUUUGGCCAAGGAAUGCAAACUUGACUGCGACCGACUACUUUCCGUUCUCGGCAGACUCAAACACGGAAAUGGGAGCUUUCCGAAAUGGUGGAAGAACUUCAAGUCGGCACUGAAGGAGCUGUGGAGGGGCGAUGAAAUCGAGGCGCUGGAGGCACGUAUCGCGAAUCGGCAGACUCAGCUGAUCAUGCACUUGUGUAUGAAUACAAGUGAACAGCUUUAUCGUUUGAGAGUGCAAAUGAAGCGCGACGAUAAUAAUGUGGCUCUCAGCCUGACCUCUCGUCACGAGGACCUCCGGCACAGGGUCCAGAGGAUGCAGAAUCUCAUUGAAGAGAUCAACCACGCGUUCGUUGCGAAUACUGGGAGACCUGACAAGCUGGUCCCGUCUCGAGAAUUCGACCAAUUCCCAAAUACGGAAUCAUUGUUGCAGCAGGUCUCAAAGCUAUCGCUAAAUGAUGCGAACAAAUUCCUCGCGGACAAUCUGUUCUUCGAUAGAUCAGAACUUCGACAAUUGGCAUCGUUAAGCGAGAUGUACACCAAGGCAGAUGAUGUCCUCCAGGCCAUCGACUAUGAACACAGAACUGCUCGGCAUGACAGCAUACCACAAGAAUAUCCCGCCACAUUCGAUUGGGUGUUCGACAGGGACAAUCCACAGAAUGGCCACCUUCUCGAGUGGCUUGAGAAGGACAGCGAAAUCUUCUGGAUAACGGGAAAGCCAGGAGCGGGCAAGUCGACAUUCAUCAAGUUUGUGGCAGACAGCCUCGAAACAAAGACAGCUCUGAGAAAGUGGGCUGCUGAAAGCAAGCCUGCCAUCGGUUGCCACUACUUUUGGAGCGGAGAGACGUCGAUACAAAGGUCCCGCGAUGGGCUGCUCCGGUCUCUUUUGCACGAUAUAUUCCUCGAGGCCCCUGAACUUUUCCCGGAAGCAUAUACUCUUUUCGCCGCGGUCAGAAAGCCAAAGUACUUUGGAAACCGACCUACCCUGAGCGUACACGAGCUCACUCGCAACGACAUUCAAGACUUUGUGCAAAACGAACUUAGCGGACAUCCCAGGUGGGGAAGCUUGACCAAUGAACGGGGCGAGAGAGAUGGCCUGGUCGUUGAAAUAGUACAAAGAGCCCAGGGCGUCUUCCUGUGGGUUGUACUUGUUGUCCGGCAGCUUCGAGAGGGCUUGACCAAUUAUGACACCUCGAAGGAUCUAUGGAAGAGGCUAGACAGGAUCCCGGAUGGACUAACAACGUUUUUCCGGCUCAUCAAGAGCGUGGAGCCCUUCUACCUCCAAAAGAUGGCAGAGACGCUGUUGAUAGCCGCCGCUGGUCAGGGUCCUCUCCACUCAGCAAUCUAUACUUUCCAUGACAGGUGCGACGAGAACGGGAAUUAUGCUAUCGAGGAGCCAAUUUUUCCGUGGAAGGACGAACAAUUUGCAAAUGAGCUCGAACAGAACCAACUUCCCUCGGAUUACCCGCAGCGACCCUGGAUAGAGGCAGUGAGCAGAGGCGUGAUCUCGAUGCUCCUGGACAACGGAGCCGAUCCGAACGCCAUGGUCGAAGGCGAGGACUCACCAGAGCCCCUUGCGGUGUGGGCCAAGUUCUUCCUGGCCGUCUUUUCGACCCCCGCGCUCAUGUGGCACAGCGAUCAGUACCUCGGUGAUUUGGAUAAGAUGGUGCGAAAGGCGAACCUCGAUUUGAGAACUGGCUUCCUCCCUCCAGCCGCUUGGCGAAUGGCUAGUCGGAGAGCCGAUCGAUGUUGUCUGUCGAAGCCUUGGUGUCCCGCUACCCCUCCGAACCGCUCUGCGGAACAUAUUGGGAUGCUGCAUGAGGAGAAACUCCGCCGCGACCUCGACGCGCGCGCCCAAGAGCUACAGGGAGCUCCAGUUCUAUGCCGAAGUCACGAAGACAUUUCUGAGGCACAACGACUUCUCAAAGCUGCCGCUGCAUGA